AUCGCUGAGAAGAGUUCUGGUAGUAGUGUAUCAAGUCCCGUAACCUCCAAGAAAACUCCUGCUGGAGCCAAAACCGUGAAGACCAUGAAGAAGGAGAAGAUCCCUGAAGCUGUGACACAGUCCAAGGCUAAGCCGGUGCUGAGAAGCUCCACCAUUGAGCGCCUUGCUGUUGCCAGGACAGCACCAAAGGAAACGCAACAAAAACCAGUCACUAAAAAAGCAUCAAAACCUGUAGGAACAAGACAGAAAAAACCUCAAGAGAAGAAACCUAGUAAAAAAAGUCCGGGACUUUCUCGUGACCCGAGUCUCGAAAUCAAGGAAACAGUUGAAGAAGAAACACAGUCUUACUUGCCGGUGAAGCAAGCUGAUGAACUUCUUCCUGCUGCUUCUCCUCUUGAUGAGUUCAAAGACAUUAAAGAGAUGCAUAGCUUGCCGAAUGAAACCAUCAGAAACAAGAUCAGACUAAGUUCACUGGUUGUAGAAACCGGACCUCCAAGAUGA